GUGAAUGCUUAUGGGUUUUACCUAAAACCCCGCAAACCUCCGAAACAGAGAGGGUAGGGGAGAGAGAGAUGUUGCGGUCCAUUGUUCGAGGAGCAGCGGUGAGAGGUUCACCGCCGUGGUGGCGCCUCUCGCCGACGGCGAAUUACGCGAAGACGCCGAGGGGCACGAAGAAAGAGAUCAAGAGAACGAAGUCCAAGGGGAAGGACGCCGACGCCGACGCCGUCCCGGCCUCCGACAUCGACGCCGCCCUCUUCGAAGAAGGCGCUCGGGCGCGGCGGCUCGCCUUGGACGAGAACGAUCCCUCGCUCGAUGUGCGACCCAACGGCCGGCCUCUCUUCACCUCCACGCCUUCUCUGUCCCAGCUCACUCCCGCGGACACCGGCAAAUACUUCAAGUUCAAAAUAGAGGAGUUGAACGAUGUGUUGCCGGAGGGGCUGCCGGCGGGGAUGGUGAAGGAGUUCGAGGAGUCGCUGCGGACCGCCCUGCUCGUUCGCCAGAGUUUUCUCGAUCUUCGCGAUAAUUUCCGUCGCGUUGUGGAUCCGCCGUUGUCGUUCCCCAACAGUAAAGAUGUAAAAGUUAAAAAGCAGAUUGUGUUGGAUGGUCCUGUUAGCUGCGGCAAGAGUAUUGCGCUUGCAAUGCUUGUUCAUUGGGCUCGUGACGAAGGUUGGUUGGUUUUCUAUGUCCCAAGAGGCAAGAAGUGGACUCAUGGAGGGUUUUUUUAUAAACAUCCAGAAACGGGUCUUUGGGACACACCUGUUCAGGCUGAAAGUAUUCUCAAGGAUUUCCAGAAAUUUAACGAAGCCCGUUUACAACAAUUGCCAUGCCAACUAUCUGAUCCUAUUCCAUUGGGAGAAGGUGCCGGUGUUGGAUGGAUAAAAGAUGGCAGCAUUUCCAUGGCACUUCCAGAGGGAUCGACUUUAUAUGACCUGAUCAAUAUAGGAAUCAAGCACACUUAUGCAGCCGUUGGAGUAGUAGUUCGUUUGAGGAAGGAGCUGUCACUUGUGAAAGAUGUUCCUGUGCUUAUCGCAAUUGAUCAAUAUAAUAAUUGGUUUACCUUCAGUAAGUAUGAGGAGGCAGUCACAGUUCAUUCUACUCGACCAAUACAUGCUAGGGAGCUCUCUACGGUGAAUGCUUUCAGAUCCAUGAUGCACGAUGACAUGAUGGUGGGUGCUUUCUCUCAUUCUACAGCGGUAGGAAAACUACGACAUCAAUUGCCUGACGUUCCCAUCGAUGCUCGUGUUAAUCUUCAUCGCUACACUUUAGAGGAAGCGGAAGCUGUUUCCUAUUACUACCUUAGACAGAGACUUGCAUCUCGCGAUGCGUUCUCCGAUGAAGGCUGGAAGAAGAUGUAUUACUUAUCUAAUGGAAAUGGAUCAGAGCUGAGAUUCUUGAUGCCUUUCAUGCAGUGGCGCUUAGAGGAUACUCCUUAUGCAGAUUCUCCUUACGCACGUAAAAAGUAACAUGCUUCUGCUCUCAAUUAUAUUGUUUCCAGCAGAUGUGCCAUUAUAUGUUCUGAUCCUAAUAAAUUUUGUCGCCGAGGAAAUUUUUGUCCAAGGACUGUACCAUUUGUCAAUCAAUUUUUUGAAGCAAUUUUGUUACCUUAAAAAAAAUUAAGGGAUUAUUUCUGUCAAAUGUUUCUACAUUGUUGUUUUAUUGAAAAAGCAGAGAA